AAAUGAACAAAGAUGCCCAGAUGAGAGCGACCAUUAACCAGAAGCUGAUAGAGACAGGAGAGCGAGAACGCCUUAAAGAGUUGCUGAGAGCCAAAUUGAUUGAAUGUGGCUGGAAGGAUCAGUUGAAGGCACACUGCAAAGAUGUCAUUAAAGAAAAAGGAUUAGAACAUGUUACUGUUGAUGAUUUGGUGGCAGAAAUCACUCCGAAAGGCAGAGCCCUGGUACCAGACAGUGUAAAGAAAGAACUCCUGCAAAGAAUAAGAACCUUCCUUGCCCAGCAUGCCAGUCUUUAACUUGGACGUUCAUCUGGGAUACAGUGUUUCCAUUUCUGUAUUAUGUCAGUCAUGUCAGGAUUGGAAUGC